UUUGCCUCGUCGUUCACCAGCGAGAGCACUCUGCCUCCGAAUCUGCUGCUGCCGACCAACCUGGUGGAUCCUUCCAGAUACAAGCGUCCUCGUCCUCCCGCAGACUGCUCCCUGCCUCUCCUCAGGAAGUGCGAUGCCGUCGUUCCAGCUCACCUGAGCCCCGUCCAGACGUGGGUGGAGACUCUGGAGAGGACGGACGGCGAGCCGCUGGGUUUGGCUCAGCUCCACCCGGACGUCUUCGCGGUUCCUCCGAGGCUCGAUAUUAUUCACGAGGUGGAAACAUGGCAAAGAAACUUUAAAAGAAUCAGCCACGCCCACACAAAGGUCAGGUCAGAGGUCAGAGGUGGAGGCCGGAAACCAUGGAGACAGAAAGGAAGUGGAAGAGCUCGCCACGGAAGCAUCCGAUCACCGAUAUGGAGAGGAGGUGGGGUCGCUAAUGGACCCAGAGGGCCGACCAGUUACUACUACAUGUUGCCCAUGAAGAUUCGAGUGCAAGGACUCAAAGUGGCUCUGAGCUCCAAGCUGGCGCAGGACUACCUUCACAUUGUGGACUCUCUGAACAUCCCCACACCUGACCCUCAGUACCUGCUGGACCUCAUAAAACACAAACACUGGGGGCAGUCGGUGUUGAUAGUCGACGU